UGACCCCACCCCUUGCGCCGCAUCUGCUCGUCCCUAACAAUACUGAUGCUAAUAUUGAUUUAUCUCUUAUUUUAUUAAUCUUUGAUUCGGAUGCGCACACUUCCGGUUUGUUUACGUUAAAAAAUAGCAUUUGCAAAAAUUGGCAACAUUCUCCUUCUCUCGGUCUCCCACCGGGGAAUUUCCGCAGACCAACGCGACGUAAUUAAAUAUAAUGCACUUUCUAAAAUAUGUAAUUAAUGUAAGUUAGAGUUACGUAAACGCGGCAAGAAAGUGAUUUUCGCGACGGGAGCAUCAGUUCGGUCGUAAGGUUUCAAUUAGGAAGAUUUGUUAUUUUGUGGACAACGACCUUAAGAAUUUGCAAGAAGUGACAAAGCGGGAACUUCAAAAAACGAGUGACAGUUACGUAAUUUUGAUUGUUUGUAACAAGUAAUAACAUUAAUUGUUGCUUAAUAUCAAUUCAGCAAAAGCAUGUUGUUCUGAGCGGAGAACAGACACACUACAAUGGGCAAGUCGAAAAAAUGCCUCAAAGGGACUUGCAUUUAUCUAUUUGCGCUCUUACUUCUCUUAUUUCUCCUAGUUUUUGUGAUAAUUCCGGUUGUGUUCAUGUUCAGUGUUGAGAUUCAACGGAACAUCAUUUUUCCAGUUUGGUCAACUGAGGAUGCGAAUUUUUCCGAUAUUGAGAGUUUCCAUUUAAAGGGAGUGCGAAAUUUUUAUGUAACUGUUGAUGAUAAAGAAAAUGUGACAUUAGGAGCUUGGCAAAUCCUGCCGAGUAAAUUGUUGAGCAAUGUUGUUGAUAAUCACUACUACAACUACGAGGAAAUUCUAGCCAAUAAGAAUUACAGUAUUUUGUUGUAUCUGCACGGAAAUGGGGGCGUACGAUCGGUUCCAUUAGAAUUGUACGCGAUUUUGAGGAAGUAUUUUCAAGUCAUUGCAAUUGAUUAUCGAGGUUAUGGCGACUCGACAAAAGCCGAACUGACCGAAGAGAACAUCGUGCGCGACAUCGUCAAUUUCUACAAAUGGCUUCGGGGAAAAACCCAAGCCCGAAUUUUCUUCUGGGGCCACUCUCUCGGCACCGGCGUCAGCACUCACACCAUAUCAAACCUAAAAGUACAAAACCACGUACCCUCGGGCCUCGUUCUCGAAACCCCAUUUUCGUCAGUACCUGACGUCAUGGAGGAGCAUUUUUUUGUUAAAUUUCUAUCAUGGCUGCCUUGGUACAGGCAAACCAUGUUAGACCCGGUCGUGAAAAACGGAUUCGGAUUCGAAUCCACGAAAUACGUCGUGGAUGUCGAUUGCCCAAUAAUGAUUUUGCAUGCCAAAGACGACACAAUUGUCAGUUACCAGUCAGCGACCAAACUUUACGAAACUGCCGUAAAAAAUCGUAAUUUUACAACGCAGGGAAACGUCACUUUCCACUUGUUUGAUGAGUCAAGGGGCUACGACCACAUGUUAAUUUAUUUGGCCCCCGAGCUACCGACUUAUAUCAGUGAAUUCAUUGAUGAGUGCAUCAAGUUUGAACAAACGCUGAACCAAACCCAAGUGUGACAAUUGGCGAUUUCACAAUAAACCCUUUUUAAAUGAA